AUGUUUGAUGCUUACAAAACAUUUGCUUACAAAUUCAAAGCUGUUUCGAGCAACUUCCUUCACCAUUUUAAUGUCUCAUACUGUUCAGGGGGCAGCGAAGAGCAACUUUACCCGCGGCUUCUGACGAGUGGCUGGAUCGUGGCAGCGAGGAACUCACGACACGGUCCAUCUGAUCAACUGCACCCACCAUCAAGACAUCCCUCUUUGAGCACAAACAACAUCAACUACAAAAAUAUUGACAUCAACUACAUUAGCAACAUCAACAACAACGUCAAUAAUAAUAAUAAUAAUAAUAACAACGUUAACAAGAUAAACAAAAUCAACUACAUCAUCAACAACAUUGACAACACUAUUAAUAACAACAUCAACAACAAAAAUAUGACCAACAAUAACAACAUCAACUACAUCUUCAUCCUGCUCAUGGUGGCUAGCACCCUUCAUGCCGCAAACACUCCACGGCCACCCAACGUUCCAACCCUUCGAGCCGACGACCCACCCUUUCCUCCAGUCAACAAACACCUGCAUUUCAGGGAUGAAACCUUUUUAAACACAACUUCAAGACCGAAAGUCCUCAUCACCAACACCACAAUCAGGAUGACGAUCGUCAUCAUCAUCAUCACUCCAAACGAGAUCGUCAUCAUCAUCACUCCGAACGAGAUCGUCAUCAUCAUCUCCACUCCGAACGACGACGACAACGUCAUCGAAAAACUCGAAGCGCUUCACUCUUCAGGAUUGGGAACAGCAACAAAAAAAACAGGAAUGUUUCUCGUCAUUACAGGCUGUCCCAUCACAGCCCUUUCCAACUUUUACUCACAUUCUGAAACAAUCAUCAUCAGUGCCAAGGAUGAAGUUUAUAUGCGUAUCAGAGCGGAUGAUGAAGGGAACGAAAUGAAGAAGAGCGCAGGAGACAGAAUGACGAAGUACCCACCACCUGAACAUCUUCCUCUUUCUUCUUUGAUCAACGAAGUGAGCCACAUCAACAGCUACAAACGCCACGACACUGAUGUCAACACAGACCACGUGACAUUUUCUGAUGACGACAACAACCAAAGCAGUGACAACAUUGAAAUAAGUUUUCAACCGAUGAAAAAGCACUCUGCAACAUCACCCCGUGCUGACAUGGAAGGUUUUCAUGGCAUGAACAUCGAUUUUAUGGUGAACAAGAGUCGUAAAGAUAAGAGGUUCAGUCCAAAAACUGUCGUUGACUCUAAAUAUAAAAGUCACAUUAUCGAUGGCGACACGCUGAAAGGUCUGCAGAGUUUCAGCAGAAAGCUCGUGAAACAUCACGGCAAAAGACACACGACAGAUAUGCUGAUGACGAUCGAACCAUCGAACUUCCACGUUGUCGAUGGAAGCAGCGCUGUUUUGUUCUGCAGAAUUUACGACAACAACAACCACCGCCUCAUCUCCAGCGUCAACAAAAACAAAAACUCGAACGCAGAUCACCACCUGCCCUACAAUGUCACUUGGCGUAAGGAUGAUAAACUCCUCCCUAGCAAGCAAAGGAUUUUUGUUAACAAAAUUUUGCCGACUGUCGCUAAAUUUAAAGAAAAUCAAGACUUCAAAGAUAGCAGCAGGUUUUUCUUCCUUGGGUCGGUUCUGCGGAUAUCUCCGGUCAAGCUGCAGAAGGAUGUUGGCAGCUACAAAUGCACGCUGGAGUUUGACCAGCACUCCAUUCUGAGCAGCACCGCCCACCUCAACGUCUACGACGAAGACGCGCGUGAGUCCUCCAAUUUUAAAUUUUUUAAUUGCACUGGGAUGUCGGCUCGAAAUAAUUUUUCACGUCUGCUUUUCACGUAG